AUGUUUAAAGGAUUGCUUGCUAGGCGUGAAAUUUCUGUUGUACAACGUCGUUUUCAAUCAUAUGUACACCCUGUAUCAAAAUUAGGACUACAAUUGCAAUCGCAGUUGAGUGAACAGAAGCAAGAGGAUGCAGAUAAGAAUACUAGUACGAUCUAUCGCAGUUUUAAAGAGAGUCUAGAAUCGUUAAAUGAAACGAAUUCGUCCUCUUUACACAGGUCCUUUGGUCUAAACGCUCCUCUGACGCAACUGCUGAAGAGAUCUUCUACUGAGAAUGGUAGCUAUGUGGAACCCUUCCAAAUUCUUAAUACUAUGUGCCAGUUUGAAUUGGCUAGAUCCCAUCAUUUUGAGAUUGUUUUAACGCAUUUAAUUGGCAAAAAUCUGUUCCAAGAUGCAAUUGCGCUUUGGGUGAAGUAUUUAGAGUGCAUUGCCGAAAAUCCAUUUACCAUUUCACAGUCAUCCGCUAAUCGCAAUGAAAACUGGCAAUCACAUGAGAGCAAUCUGGCAUUAGCCACCCUAGCUUACACUCUGUUAUCAGGUAAUGUACCCGAUUUGCAGGUUUUGAAAAGCAUUCUACAGCUGGAUUCAAGCAAACAUCAAACGGUUCCCUUUGGUAAGGCGCAAAAACUGGCUAAAACUAUCAUAAAGGAUCCUGCUCAAAGCAAGAUUGCUCAAGAUUCGUUAUCCUUAUUGUUUCGUCAGCACGUUGCAUCUGAUAAAGCAUCAUUUUUAUCACAGCUCGAUGGUAUUCUACAAUUACGUCAUUUGAAGGAUUUUUACUCGGCAUAUCAUUCAUCGAAAUCUACAAGUGACGAUCCUGAAAUUUUGUGCAAAUUUAUGGAUAAAUUCAUCGAAUUGAACAAACCGUUGGAGGCAAUUACCAUCUAUAACCAACACAAGAGUUUGGAUUCGUCUGCAUUACAAAAUGAACUGUUAAUCGCUGUGGCUGCAUUACAGUCGAAUAACCGCCAGCUAAAACUGGACCGUAUCUUGGCAAUUUGGAACAGUAUGAUCAAAGCCAAUGCUAAUGCUGAUUCCUAUGCAGCUUUAAUCAGGGCUCUUGGCGUAUCAGGUCACGUGAACCAGCUACAAUCCAUUUACGAAAAAGAAAUUCCUAAAGAAUUUAAAGAUCAGCCAGUUGUACUAGAACCUUAUUUGACCUCACUAGUGCAUCACGGUAAAAUCAGCCAUGCAGAAUUGUCAUCAAAGCUACCACCUCAAAUUAAAUCGGUGUCAUUGGUGAACGCAGUUCUCCUACAAAUGGUUCGUGAUGAUGUACCUCAAGAGGAAUGGGAAAAAUUCUAUCAAUUACAAUUUGUGGGUGGUAAUGCUCCUCAUCGUCCUACCACAUUAUCCCUAGCUAUUAGAAUGUGGGCAAAUUGGAAAUCUGGACCUCAAGAUAAGAAAGAUUUCCAAUUUUUGAAGAGUAUUUCAAUUAGUUCGAGAGAUUUCAUCAAGACUAAUUCAAUCAUCGAACACUUUAUCGAAAUUGUUCCUAACGUGUAUCCUAUACGAGCAUUAUUUGAACAAAUCAAGCUGCCCCUUGAUUCAAGAAAAUACGCACUGUUCCUCCAGUCUGAGUUUCUCAAAAAAAAUGGCGAUUAUCAAUGGGCAGAAGAUAUUUUCAAGGAAUAUUUGACAAAUUGUAAGGAUCAAUUGAACAAACUUGACAGGUUUGUCAUUGAACCAAUGAUAAACGGAUUUGAUGAGUUGGCCAUCCUACAGCAAGAUUCAAGUUUCUUGCUCAAAGUUUCCGUUUACCAAUCGUUAGCCGAUAAAUUAAACGUCAGAUUGAGCAAUCAAUGUUUGGCAAAGACAUUGCACGCAGCAGCCAUGUUGUCAAGAGUUAAAUCUGGUAAAUUUUCUCAGAAUGAGCAAGAAUUUUUAAACGAUUUUUUGCAAAAGUUAUCCAUUUCAAACGAUUUUAAAGCUAGUCCCAAGGAUUUGGACUCGCUUCGUCAGUCAAACGUCUCUAUUCCAUCUAACCUUUAA